CCCACCCAUGACCCAGAGCUUAUAAACUGUUUGACACUACACCUGUACAUCAGUACUCACCUAAACUUCAGGAUGGACACAACCAGCAGCACCGAUGCCUCCAAAGACACUGAAGAAAGACCGAAAUGGGACAAUAAAGUUCAGUAUUUACUGACCUGUAUUGGAUUUGCUGUGGGACUUGGGAACGUUUGGAGAUUCCCGUACCUGUGCCAGGUUUACGGAGGAGGUGCGUUCCUCAUCCCAUACCUGAUCGCUCUUGUUUUCGAGGGUCUGCCUUUACUUUAUCUGGAGUUGGCUAUCGGACAAAGUCUGCGGAUGGGCAGCAUCGGUGUCUGGCAUUCAAUCUCUCCUCUGUUAGGUGGAGUGGGUGUGGCAUCUAUGAUCCUCUCAUUCCUGGUGGGAUUGUUUUAUAACACUAUUCUGGCCUGGGUUCUGUGGUAUUUCUUCCACUCGUUUCAGGAUCCUCUUCCCUGGAGUCAGUGUCCAAUAAAUGACAACCUUACAGGUUAUGUGGAAGAAUGUGUUCUUAGCACGCCGGUGAAUUACUUCUGGUACCGAAAGACACUGAACAUCACACCAGACAUCGAGGAGAACGGCUCGCUGCAGUGGUGGCUCGUCAUCUGUUUGGCCUCUGCCUGGAGUAUUGUAUACAUUUGCUUUAUACGCGGCAUCGAAACUAUCGGCAAGGCCGUGUAUGUGACCGCAACAUUUCCAUACCUGGUGUUGACCAUCUUUCUGGUUCGAGCCCUGACUCUGCCAGGAGCUACAGAUGGUCUGAUAUAUCUCUUCACACCUGAUUGGGAGAUCCUGAUGGAUCCUCGCGUGUGGUUGGACGCUGCCACUCAAAUCUUCUUCUCGCUGUCUCUGGCCUUCGGAGGUCUCAUCGCAUUCUCCAGUUACAACCCCAAAAAGAACGACUGCGAGCGAGACGCUUUGGUUGUAGGAUGUAUUAACAGCGCAACAUCUCUAUACGCCUCCAUUCCAAUAUUUGCCAUUUUGGGCUUCAAGGCCACAUCAAACUACAACAACUGUUUAAACAGUAACAUCUUAGAUCUGACAAACGCAUUUGACAUCGCAGACAAAAACAUCACGACUGAGAACUACGAGGGCUGGCUUACGUUUCUGAACGCAUCAGAUCCUGAUAAAGUGUUCAGUCUGAAUCUGAAAGAGUGCGAUCUCAAGAGCUUUAUGGAUCAGAGUGCUUCAGGGACCGGUCUGGCAUUUAUUGUGUUCACGGAGGCUGUGAUUGAGAUGCCCGGGUCACAGGUGUGGGCUGUGCUCUUCUUCAUCAUGCUCUUCAGUCUCGGCCUGUCCUCCAUGUUUGGAAAUCUGGAAGGCGUUCUGACACCCCUGCUGGACCUGCACAUGGUACCAAAGUGGAUGCCUAAAGAACUCUUUACAGGUCUGAUCUGUGUGGUGUGUUUCCUUAUGGCACUGAUCUUCACAAUGGGUUCUGGAAACUACUGGCUGGAGAUCUUCAACAGUUACGUUGGUUCUGUUCCACUCCUCGUCAUUGCUUUUUUCGAGAUUAUUGGGGUCGUCGUUUUCUACGGCAUGAAUCGGUUUAGUAAUGAUAUUGAAUUCAUGACGGGACGCAGACCAAACAUCUUUUGGCGUGUGUGCUGGAUGGGAAUCAGUCCUGUCAUGCUAGUGGUUGUUCUGGUGGCUUACGUUGUCGUCCAGGUGCAGAAACACCCCACGUACCCCGCCUGGAACCCUGCAUAUGAAAAUUUCCCAACGUUGGAGGAGAAGCCGUAUUCUGAUUGGGUGUUUGCCAUCUGUGUGCUGCUGAGUUCUGUCCCUGUUCUGUCCGUACCUAUUGUGGCCAUUUACAGACUGUUUAAAGGACAAACACGCUCACAAUCCAAACCAAACUCUCCCAACCCCUACAACAACCAAGCCUUCACACCUGACAGUCAUACAAUAGAGUCUUGACUCACGGGACUGAGAGGAAAACCUUCAGCUGUGACGUUACACGCGUGUGUACUGAAGUGUGUCCACGUCUUUCUCUGAUGGAUGUAGAAGAGGAUCAUACUGUGCAUAGAAAAAACCUCAAGACUCCUCUCAGGACGAUAAACUUUCACAAACCUGAGGAGAAAACACAUUUUAGUAAAGAAAGAAAUCUGCCGUCUUCUGAAUCUUAACAUUUUUAUAUUUCCAGUAGGAGAAAACCGUAAAAGCAACAGAAUUGUAAAUAUUGCAUUGCAAAAAAAUGACUUUCUAACUUAAUAUUUUUGUUUUGUUUUAAGUACAAAAAUCUAAAAAUCUAAAAUCAAGCAAAAUGACCUAAGAAAAUAAGCUUAGUUUUUAAACACAAAGUAUAAAAUUUAAGUUAAUUUGUGCUCAAAACAAGCAAAUGUUUUUUUCUUAAACACUUAAUUCAAGAAAAAUUACCCAUGGCAGAUUUUUUUUUGCUUGUUUUAUGCACAAAAUCACUUAAAUGUGACUUAUAUUCUUAGAUCAUUUUACUAAUCAGGAAAAUACAUCUUGAUUUAAGAAUUUUAAAAUAUUUGAAUAUGUAAAAUAUUGAAAACAAGACAAAAAUAUAAGUCAUUUAAGGAGAAAGAAGUAAUUUCUGUAAAUGAUUAAAUUCAUCUAAAGAAGAGAAAUUUUUCAUGAAAUUAUGCCAAGAACAGAGAAAGAGAUUUCUUCAUUCAUGUCACUGAGUUUAAAUGAUCACAUGAAUAAAUGAGAUUCUGUCAUGUGAAUACAUCCAUGUACGGUCAAAGCAAUGUCAACAAAACUAUUUAUGUCAUACGUCCUUUUUAGCCUUAUUUUAAUAAAGUGUGCAACUGCUGUUUAA